AAAAGCAAAGUCAGAUUACCCGUAUAUCAAUACCUCUUUCAGUUUCUUGUUGAAGUCCUGAGAUUGGAGCCGAAUGGCGACUAAAUCUGGAACAAAAGACUCGGACAAUGUCAAAGUGGCAGUUCGAUGUCGACCAAUCAAUGAGACUGAAUUAAGACAGGGUCACACGGUAGUAGUGAAAGCAGAUGAAAUGCACGGAACUGUUACUACCAGCAGGUCACAAGGAAGACAUGAUGAAACAGAAAAAACAUUUACGUUCGACACCGUGUUUGGCCCUGAUUCAAAACAGUUGGAUAUCUACAAUGCGACUGCCAGACCAAUAGUUGAUUCCGUGAUAGAGGGAUAUAAUGGCACCGUCUUUGCAUACGGGCAGACUGGCACUGGUAAGACAUUCACGAUGGAGGGAAACAGAAGUGUUCCUGAGUUGGCUGGCAUUAUACCAAAUUCGUUUGCUCACGUGUUCGGUCAUAUAGCCAAGUGUGAGGAGGAUACCACGUUCUUAGUACGCUGUUCGUAUCUUGAGAUAUACAAUGAGGAUGUGAGAGACUUACUUGACAGGGACCAUACAACGAAGAAAGAAGUUAAAGAGCGUCCAGACGUCGGCGUGUAUGUCAAAGAUCUCAAGUCUUUCGUUGUCAAAAACACAGACGAAAUGGAUAAGCUGAUGACAAUCGGAAACAAAAACCGAGCAGUUGGAAAAACAAACAUGAACGAACACUCAUCUCGGUCACACGCCAUAUACACCAUUACACUCGAGUGUUCUGCAUUGGGCAUCGACAAACAACAGCAUUUGAGGAUGGGCAAGCUUCAUCUGGUUGAUCUAGCGGGUUCAGAGAGGCAGUCUAAGACGGGUGCUGCAGGUGAGAGGUUAGUGGAGGCAACAAAGAUUAACUUGUCGUUGUCGACGCUUGGAAAUGUCAUCUCUGCACUUGUCGACGGCAAGCGAACUCACAUUCCAUAUCGAAAUUCGAAGCUCACCCGACUGUUACAAGAUUCUCUCGGCGGCAACUCCAAGACCGUAAUGAUAGCCAAUAUUGGCCCAGCAGACUACAAUUAUGAUGAAACUCUAAGUGCCCUAUGGUAUGCUAACCGAGCAAAAAACAUCAAGAACAAGGCGCGUAUCAACGAAGACCCAAAAGAUGCCAUGCUACGAGAAUACCAGAAAGAAAUCGAGCUGCUACGGAAACAGCUGGCCGAUGGCGGUGAAGGCGCCGAAGAAUCAGAAUCUGAAGACGAAGCAGUUGUUGAUAGUGAAGGAAGGAAGGGAAAACUUCGCAGAAAGAGAAGUCGAGGAUCAAUGACACCAAAGAAACUGAUGGAACUCCAACAGGAACUUGCUGACAAACGAAAGGAACUAGAAGAGAGACGAGACAUGGCCGAAGCCGAGAGAUCGCAAUUUGAAGACGAGAUUAAACGGAGAGAAUCCGAACUAACCAAUGCUCAGCACGAACACGACGAAUUGGAAAACAAAAUGCGAAGCCUAGAGUCGAGACUCAUAGUCGGCGGCGUAAACUUGUUAGAGAAAGCUAAACAGCAAGAGCAGCUGCUUGAAAAGUCGGCAAACGAGCUCGCAGAGCGACAACAACAACAGGAAAGACUUCAACAGAAACUUGCAGAAAAGGCGGCCGAGAAACUCGAAUUUGAGGAGCGGUAUGCAAACCUUCAGGAAGAAGCUGCCGGUAAGACAAGAAAGAUUAAGAAAGUGUGGUCGAUGCUCCAAGCGACUAAACGAGAGCUUGAAGAUCUGAGGUCGGAAUAUCAACGAGAGAUGGAGACCUCGUUGGAAAAUAUUCGUGAACUGACAAGGGAUAUUAAGCUUCAGAGCCUUGCGAUAGACAAUUUCAUCCCAGUUGAGUAUCAGGAACUGAUCGAGUCGCAUUGUGUGUGGAACGAAGAGAUAGAAGAAUGGCAGUUGCGAGGAAUAGCCUACACAGGUAACCACAUGAGAAAACAACCGUCUCCACCGAUCGAAAAACCAACUGACUUUGCACAAGUCGAGAUGGCUAAUGUCUAUCUGUCAUACGGCGGAGCAGUAAACGACCGCAAGCCCAAAAUGGCAACAUCGAGUUCGAGAGUAUCUACAUCAGGGAGGCCAAAAACAGCCAAAGGAACUCGCUCAGAUCGACCGCCUUCAUCCAGACAAAAACGAGCCCCAGAUGGUGUUAGUUCGCAUGUUUCGGAGAGUUUUCCUACGAAACGAGGACUGAUGACAGCUCAGAAACACUUUGCAUGAUCAGAGUUCGAAUCAGAGCCGAACAUCUUGCCUCAACGGUAGGAAUCUCUAGAUAUUUAUGAUUUCAAAGGUAGA